AUGGCGCAGUCCGUGUGGGGCUAUGACAGCGACAACGGACCCGAGCGCUGGCAUGAAAACUACCCCAUGGCCAAGGGAGACAAGCAGUCGCCCAUUGAGAUCAACAGCAAAGACGUGAAGCACGACUCUUCUCUCACCUCUUGGCACGCCAGUUACGAUCCUGGGGCAGCGAAAACCAUCCUGAACAACGGGCGCACCUGCCGAGUCGUCUUUGACGACACUUUUGAUCGAUCAGUGCUGAGAGGUGGGCCGCUCACGGGAGCCUACAGGCUGCGUCAGCUCCACUUGCACUGGGGUUCCUCUGAUGACCAUGGCUCUGAGCAUGUUAUAGAUGGGGUGAAAUAUGCAGCAGAGUUACAUAUGGUGCACUGGAAUCCAAAACAUGGUAAUUUUGCUGGAGCUUUGAAACAACCUGACGGUGUGGCUGUUGUGGGCAUUUUUCUGAAAGUUGGACAAACUCCCAAACCAGAGUUGAAGAGAAUUCUCGAAGAAAUCGAUAACAUUAAGACCAAGGGGAAAGAGGCUCCUUUUCAGCACUUUGAUCCUUCAGUUCUUUUCCCCAAAUCUCGGGACUACUGGACCUACCACGGUUCAUUCACUACACCCCCCUGCGAGGAGUGCAUCACUUGGAUUCUCUUGAGGGAGCCGAUUGAAGUCAGCUCAGAUCAGAUGGCAAAGCUCCGUAGCCUUUCCAAGAAUGCUGAGAAUGAACCUGUGAACCCACUGGUUGAUAACUGGCGCCCACCUCAGCCUGUGAAGGGCAGGGUAGUAAGAGCCUCGUUUAAGUGAAGUCUCAAGUCUCACUCUGCUGAACCUGAGUGAGAAAAUCUCUGCAUCCCAAAGUGUAGUUAGUUUUUGCUGUCUACUGCUUUUUCUCUGGAUCAAGCUCUGUGUUUCUCAGCUUGAAAUUCUUAGUGGUAAAACCAAAUCUGAUUCUUAAAGCAGAAAAAAUACUGUAUGCAAUGACUAAUCUUAACAAGGAAAUGUGACAUACACAUGACUCUUGACCACAAAUGCCUCAGCAUUUGCAAUAGUGUCACUGCUCACCUAUGUGGUCUUGGAAAAAAAUGGGCUCACUUUCAACAUGUAAAAAUAAUUUCAAAGAAAAUAUAAUAAAGGCAGAAAAAUGAACCAAUAGUACAGGAAAGCAGAAGUAAAAGUGGGUCAACACUGUGUGAAUAGGAGUUAAAAUGCCUGCUCCUACAGCAUCUAUAGUAGUGAUCUUCCUCAUAUAUCCCACCUCCAGUGCAAACAUCCAAACAGUAAAUUCCUCUUUAACUUACUAGAUUUUCCCUCACUUCUCUUGCUCAUAGUUUGUUACCCAAGAUUAGUAUUCUGGGGAAACAGUCAGGCAUACUCGGCUUCUGUUGUGAAGAAGAAAAGAUACCUUGCUGUCAUUUCAACAUUUGCUGUCUUUGCCAUGUCCUGCUGCUGCCCACUGAUCUUUUCUUUCACUGCUGCUGUUACUCCACCCAUCCAGCUGUAGAGUGCUUCUGGUGUCAGGUUGCCUUGUAUUUAGUAUAGCAGCUUUAGGAUUGCUGCGGAGGAAGUGCCUUUCCUCUGCUGCUCUGUUACCUCCCAGGCUGAUGGGUUGAUGCUCUGCAUGUUUUCUUAUUUCUAACAUCUUAGUCUGCACAUUAAUAAUUACACUUAUUAGGAAUUUUGUUGCAUAUGGAGAGGGUCUUUGUGGAUAACUCAUAGGUGUAAUUCGUCUUCCCCACUAAUGAAAAAUCCAGGUUAAGUAACCAAAUCUAGGUUUAAUCACCUAAUACAGGUUAAAUCACCUAACUGUGUAGUCAGAGACUCUAAAUGGAGUGUUUAGGUCUGUUACUUUUCAGGGAGACAUGUCAGCUUGCACAGAUGAUCUGAGCAAGGCAUGACCAGCAGACAGAAGCUUAUGAAUCAUCCUGCCCUGUCCUUCAUCACGUAAACUUUCUCAUUGCAGCAUGCUUCCUAAACACAGGUACUAUUUAGGUUGAACCCACAUAUAGACUACGUGAGUAAAGAUCUGCUACAUUAUAAUCACUGUCAGGGUUGACAGGGUUGUUAUUGUACAUGCAGGAGACUGGGUGGUCAAAGUGGUGUGUCAUCCUGCCAAUGAAGCUUCUGGAUUCUCUGUAUUCAUCCAAUUCACCAGUGAGUGGCAGAGGGUGUUUCUUCUGGAGACAUUGCCACAAACGUGUUCACAGCAACAUUUAGAAGAAAUAUGUCAAAGUCUGAAAAAAGCAGGGUUACAAAUGGUUAGAGCAGGCAUUUCCCAGUUCUCCUUCACUAUUUCACCUUUCACUUCUACUAGAAAAAUGGUGCUGCAACAGGGAAGUAAUGAGUGGGCAACACUGGACAAAUUCUUCUGUUACCACCACAAUUCAAUGAAAAUUCAGAAAUGCAACUGAGGACAGAGUUGGAUCCUUUGUAUUAAUUUAGAAAUGUUCAAAGAAUUGCUGAACUCCCAUUGCAAAUUAACAUUUCAGUUUAUUAGAAGUGAAUUUUGCUUAGUACAAAGCAGUUUCAUUUUAAAAACCAAGUUCAUGUCAGCAGAAAUGAAAGUAUUGAUUGAAUCCUGUUUACAUAUGUUUUGGCAUUGGCUUAGUAUUACCAGAAGAUCAGCUUUUGAUAUUAUGAGUGCAGCACUUGCAAUGGUGUUGAUUUUAAGAAUCUCUUAGAUCUUCUUUAAACUCCUGAGUCUGUACAACUUCUCAUCACAUGAAAAUGUUUCUACAGAAAGCUCAUAAACAAUGUUUUUUUCUACUGUACUGUGUCUUACAUGUAACAUUUUUUCCCUAUGCCUAGGCAGUUGAUCUUGGUGUUGAGAAAAUUUCAAAAGUUAUUAAACUGAGAAGAGAAUUUGAGUCUUUCUACCUAAAAGCCAUUGACUGUGAUGUUUUAGUCUCUUGUUAUUGAGGCAAUAAAACAAGAUUAGUUGACUGCACUUGAAAU